AUGUCGUCUCGUCAUAAUGUCAUGAAGGAAUUCCCAAGUACACUUGCCGUGGAUGCUGCGUCAUGUGCUCUUCGUAGUAGUGGCAUGACACGACCCAGCACCCAUUUUGAUAGUCUCCAGACUCGCGGCGAUCAUGCAGUGGCCUUGAUGAAGAGAUUCAGAGAUCUCGGCUCCCUCCUGGAUAAACCUCCCGCGAGCCAUCUAAAAGGGACCCCAAGAGUCGAUGUAGAAGCAGAAGCAAACCGGUACAGACGUCUAGUGGAGGACCGGAAUAGAGCUGUAGAGGAGAUCCGUAAGAUCGAGGGCUUCUCUCGCUUCCUACUUCUUCCCGUGUUCUCCAAUCUUCAAGAUGCAGCUCGUGAUGGGCCUAUCAUCGUGCUCAUCGCCAGCAAGUCGUCUUGCGAUGCCAUCACCAUUCCACACAAGCAACCUCCGACUAGCAUUCAACUCCCUAUCAAUCUUGAGAAACUCCAGAUAUUGGUGGUCAAAUUCCAACGUACAAGUAGACCAGCGCUGACAAAAGCCUUGAUGGAGUUGUGGGACGACAUCGUCCGGCCGGUGGUCGAUAAUCUGAGAGAUGUGCACGGCAAGCCGCUUGCACUUCUCAAUAUCACACAAACGGAUCCCUCUCGACAUGAAUUUGCAUUUCUUUCUGCUGGCGAAACAGCAGUCGGUGACCAUGAUACCCCUGACGAAGUGAUACACCUAGUGGCCGGCCUGCAAUUCGCUGGGGUUAAGGGCGUCGUUGGGACAUUAUGGAAGGUCGACGAUAGUACUGUGCAGCGCUUAGUCGAGGGAUUCUACAAAAAAUUGUGGGGAUGGCAUGAUGAAUUCCAAGCGAGCUGCCCGAGCGCUGCACCAAGCGGUCCAGUAGUUGGCUUGUGA